ACCGUACGACCAUGGACUCCGAUGACGAGGACGUGAAGGGGCUCGUCGACCAGGCUUUGGCUCGGGAGCUUUCUCAGCCUCCAGCGGGCCAAACUCCUGCGAGGAAGAAGAAGAAGAGGAGCAAAAAGAAGAAGGGAACCGCGACAGGUUUUGAGGAAUUCUACGCCGAAGGACCCCUUACGCCUGCUGAACAAGCCGAGGAAGCUGAGCUUUACUCUUAUGAUAAAUCACCACGUGAACGUCUGGAAUUAUGCGUCGAUCGCUAUCGGCAAAAACGCCGUUUCGAUCCUACCCGUACCAAGAUCUUCUCGUCUUACCUCAGUUUCGGGGGUAUCAAAUCACCCAACCCGAACCUGAACCUGAAUAAGCAGAUUGAGGUCGAGAACGCGAAUGAUAUGGAAGAAGCGCAGGAAUUCGCCGGCGCCGACACCCCUGCCCUGGUGGAAGACGACGACGACGACGUCGAAGUGGACUUCACCUACGUCGUCCGCGCCUUCCUCGCCUACCACGUCCCCCGCAAACUCGCCUACAUUUCUACCCAAAACCUCCUCACAGCCUCCGAGCUCGUCCUAAACUUCCUCCGGUACAUCCACGCCCACCGCGCGCUCCCCGAAUACUCCGCUGAUAUCGUGUCAGCCAUUGAGGUUGCGAAGCGUGCGUGCGUUGAGGUACCGAGGAAUAGGAUGUUUGGGACGUCUGCGCCCGGGAGGUGGAAUUUGGGGUGUAGUGCGGUGUUUGGGGGGUAUAGUGAUGGUCUCUGGGUCGACGACGCAGUAGAAAACGGGGGACGGCCUAGUUGGGACAACACUGUACCUUCUGCGAGGUCGCAGCAGGAUACGCUCAAGCUUUCCGAGGCGCGUGAACUCAUCACAAAGGUGCUAGGCCCCGACGCUCUUUCAGCCAAGAAGGUUAAGGAAGAGAUUCUCCUCACCGAGGUCACGUCUAUCAACAAAUCAUCCGACGGCGAUCUUGGCACGCUUAUGUUAAAACCAUGGCACUAUGAGGGCAUGGCACCGCAGGAAACAUCGGUGACGUCCCUGGAAGUAAAACUUGAGAACUCCGCUCUGGAGCACGCCUACAUCGGCAUGCACAUCGACGCAACAUUCCAUCAACUCGACAACGGCAUGUGGUAUUUCGAUCGAGUAACGGGCAUCACACCGAGUUUCUACAUUGAACCAAUCGACGACGACGAUGAAGAUCCUUGGAGUUGAUUUUGAUUGUGAGCAUACACUUGGACUUUGCUGGCAAAGACGAAAAAGAUUGCAGGAUAUUCGUAGUAUAUCUUGAAGGAGGUACAUUAUACGGUAUAAUAUACCCUGUAUGCCCUUGAAGAUACGCUACGAAUAUUCUGUCAUCCAAAAUUCUAGAGGUUGACGGUAUUUGCAACGGGAAGGGCAUGGAUCAGGUCUGAGUGUAUCAUAUCUCAUUGUUACGCUGUAAUGUACAUUCUUUCAUUAUUGAAAACGGUCAAAGCC